UUAAACCUCGACUCACUGAAUACAAGCCACCGCUGCCCUAAAGGCGCAUUAAGCAGGGUCGUGCCUGCAGAUUCGGUUGACCUGUUUCUAAUUAAGCAGAUAGGCUAUUUUACUGAUCAGCUCAGUUAGCCGGUGUGCUAAUGAUAUAUGGAUAUGAAAUUUACAGAGGAACACCUGGACACCCCCUCUCCCCUUCCCACUAUGGCCGACUCCAUGGACAUAGAUGACUCUCUGUACAGUCGGCAGCGGUAUGUGCUGGGGGACAGUGCUAUGCAGCAGAUGGCCCAGUCCGCUGUGUUUCUCAGUGGAAUGGGAGCCCUUGGAGUGGAAAUAGCAAAAAACAUUGUUCUGGCAGGAGUGAAGGCAGUCACUUUUCAUGACUGUAAGCGAUGUGAAGUUUGGGAUCUUGGCACCAACUUCUUCAUCAGAGAGGAGGAUGUGCAUAGCCAGAAGAAAAGGGUGGAGGCUGUCCAUUCUCGAGUGGCUGAGUUAAACCCAUACGUUCAGGUCAGUGUGGCCACUGAUGUCCUGGAUGAAAACACUGACCUCAGCUUCCUAAAGAGAUACCAGUGUGUAGUGUUAACAGGAACAAAGCUGAGCUUACAGAAACGAAUCGACUAUUUCUGCCACUCUCAGCAACCUCCUAUUAAGUUCAUUGGCUGUGAUGUGUUUGGGAUCUGCUCGCGAGUGUUCUGUGAUUUUGGGGAGGCGUUUGAGGUGUCGGACCCUACGGGAGAAGAACCAAAAGAGCUCUUCAUCCAAAACAUCAGCCAGGGGAAUCCUGGUGUUGUGACAUGUAUGGACAGCCGAACACAUGGCCUCCAGACUGGGCAGAGUGUGUGUUUUAAAGAGAUCAGUGGCAUGAGUGAACUCAAUGGUACCACUCACCAAGUUACAGUUCUGUCUCCCUACAGUUUUGCGAUUGGUGAUACCUCAUCAUUCCAGCCGUACGCUCAUGCAGGAAUCUUCCGCCUGGUCAAGAUGCCCAAAAUCUUCACCUUUGAGACGAUGGAGCAGCAGUUAUCUGACCCCCGGCUCCUUACUCCAGACUUUAGUAAACCAGAGGCCCCUCUGCAGCUCCAUACAAUCAUGUUAGCUUUGGAUGCUUUCCUGGAACAGUAUGCUAGACUCCCCAACAUUGGUUGUUUGCAGGAUGCUGAGCUGCUCCUGAAGUUCACAGAGGAGAUCAGCAGAACACUUAAAAACAAAGUAUGCAUAAACCAGGAGCUGGUGAGGAGCGUGUCGCGCUGUGCGAGGGGAUGUCUCUCUCCUCUAGCGGCAGCGGUGGGUGGUAUUGCUAGUCAAGAGGUUUUAAAGGCUCUCACUGGAAAGUUUUCUCCUCUUCAGCAAUGGUUUUAUCUCGAUGCGAUAGAGGUGAUUCAGCCCCUCCAAUCUCUUCCUGNUGAUUUUGGUGUUUGUAGGGGAGACCGGUACGAUGCGUUGAGGGCGUGUAUCGGAGAGUCACUGUGUUUGAAACUGCACAAAUUUCAGGUCUUUAUGGUGGGCUGUGGUGCUAUUGGCUGUGAGAUGCUGAAGAAUAUGGCACUAAUGGGUGUCGGAUUGAGCAGAUGCUCGGGAGAGAUAUGCAUCACAGAUCCAGAUUUGAUUGAGAAAUCCAACCUCAACAGGCAGUUUCUCUUCAGACCUCAGCAUAUACGGAAGCCAAAGAGCACUACUGCAGCAGCAGCUUCUUUAGAAAUAAACCCAGAGCUGCAAAUAGAUGCUCAUCUGAAUAAAGUGUGUCCCGCAACAGAGGACAUGUACAGUGACGCUUUCUUCUCCCGUCUCAACCUGGUGGUCACUGCACUGGACAACGUGGAGGCACGGAGAUAUGUGGAUAGUCGGAGUGUAUCCAAUCAGAAAGCUCUGUUAGACUCUGGUACCAUGGGUACGAAAGGACACACUGAGAUCAUUGUCCCAUACCUCACUGAGUCCUACAACAGCCAUAGAGACCCACCUGAGGAGGAGAUUCCGUUUUGCACUCUAAAAUCUUUUCCUGCUGUUAUUGAACACACCAUACAGUGGGCCAGAGACAAGUUUGAGAGUGCUUUCUCCCACAAACCCUCCAUCUAUAACAUGUUCUGGCAGAGUCAUUCAUCAGCUCAAGAGGUGUUACAGAGGAUGAUGGCCGGGGAGACUAUGGAAGGGUCAUUUCAGGUCAUUAAGUUGCUGAGUCGGAGACCCACUCAGUGGAAUCACUGUCUAGCUCUCGCUCGACUCAAAUUCGACAAGUACUUCAAAAAAAAGGCAUUACAACUGCUACAUUCAUUUCCACUGGACACACGGCUAAAAGACGGCAGUCUGUUCUGGCAGUCUCCCAAACGGCCGCCUUCUCCUAUAGAGUUCGACCUCGAUGACCCACUGCAUUUCAGUUUUGUUGUCAGCACAGCUCGCCUUUUUGCUGGAAUUUAUAAUAUUCCUCAUUCAGAAGAGCAACUUUCCUAUGAGGCUGUUUCAAGUGUUUUAGCUGAAGUGGAGGUUCCUGAAUACAAACCAGCUGAAAAGCAUAUAGAGACCGAUGAGACUGUUAAGAAGCCUGAUCAGUUGAAAAUGACAGUAAGCAGUGAAGAGGAAAGACAAGCAAUCUCACAGCUACAGGAGGCCAUCAACUCCAGCUUUGUAACACCGGAGAGGCUCCGUAUGACUCCGCUUUUCUUUGAAAAGGAUGACGACUCAAAUGGACACAUAGAUUUCAUAGCAUCAGCGUCGGCUCUGCGAGCUCAUAUGUAUGCCAUUGAGGCCGCUGACAGACUACAAACCAAACGAAUCGCUGGCAAAAUCAUCCCUGCUAUCGCCACAUCUACAGCUGCUGUCGCAGGACUGGUGUCAUUGGAGUUGAUAAAAGUCGCUGGUGGUUAUGGAUUUGAGUUAUUUAAAAACUGUUUCUUCAACCUGGCCAUUCCAGUCAUGGUGCUCACAGAAACCGCUCCGGUCAAGAGAACCCAGAUCAGAGAUGAUAUCUCCUUUUCUAUCUGGGACCGUUGGACUAUCUUUGGUCAUGAGGACUUUACCUUGUCUGAUUUCAUGAACGCAGUAAAGGAGGAGUAUGGAAUUGAGCCCACCAUGGUUGUUCACGGAGUGAAGAUGCUGUAUGUGCCGGUUAUGCCAGGCCAUAACAAAAGACUCAAACUGACAAUGCAUAGACUGAUCAAACCCUCAGCAGGCAGGAAGUAUGUUGACCUUACCGUAUCAUUUGCCCCGGAGGUGGAUGGUGACGAAGACCUGCCCAGUCCCCCACUGCGCUAUUACUUCAGUCGAGAAAGCGAGAGUGGAGAGACGGCCUGACACACACGCGCGCGCACACACACACACACACACACACACAUACAAACACACUCCGCUCUCUUGUCCUGUGGACCACAAGAGGUUUAACACUUGAUCUGACUGAUUGUACAUAGUGAAUUUUUGUUUUCUACUGGUUUAUUAUUUUAUUGCACAGCAUUGUCUGUGCAGAUGCCUUAAGAUAAUUAUAUUGUGCUUCAAUGUUACAAUAAUAAUGAUUAUAAUAUCUGAAGAGUAAAACAAAAAGAAAGUGUUUACACGACUUCCCCAGGGAUUAUUAUUGUAUGUUAGUCUCUUAGACUGGGAGAGGACUUGGUAAAAGUCGCUAGACAAACAUUCAUCAUGAAUCAGUGGUAAUUUAUUUGCACGUUUUGGGAGGAUAUUGCAGAAAAGUCGUCAGUAACUAUAAGCAACAUAAACGCCAAAGAUUUUAAAUUGUUCAUCAUCGGCAAUCACCGCUUCUUCACGACUGGUUUCCCCUGAUUUUUGCUUUCAGUGAAGACAGAUGAGGAAAAGAAAAUUGCAUUGUAAUGUUACAGCUACAAUGUUCAAAACGUAUUCCCUGUAAUACCACUAGGGGGCGCUAUAUUUAACAGUCCUUCUACCCAUCUGCUACUAACAACUGCUUGAUGUGCUGAGAUUCAAGAGCAACAAAGGCUUAAAGGAUGAGACUCUACGUAAUUGGCAAUAAUGUAUAGACAUCACCUCCUACGUGAAGGUGUAUUCAUAUCAUUAAGUCCAACCUGCGUCUUAACAUCAAAAACAGGCUUUACACAAGUUCCUCGCUGCAUUUGCAGACUUGUUGAUGUCAUUAACUCAUCCUAAAGUGUCCUUUAGGCAGUUGGCUGUUGCUGAGCACACAUGUGAUUGGCAGUAGUGAUCAGAAAUGACACACACACAACCUGACCCAACACUAAGCUUUAAGCUUACAGUGGAUAUGUUGAAAUGCACAAAGAAAAACAUGGAAAGGUUUUCUAGUUUGAUCCCUUUAAAUGGCGUUAAGCUGCACAGAAUUCCCUCUCAUAAUGUCCAGUAUUUACGGUUUGUAUGAAAAUGAUACCUGAUGAUAUCUAAAGGAGCUAAACCAGUGGUUGGAAAAUAUGAUGUCAUUGUGACUACAGGUUUCAACAGAAAGUACAAUAAAUUAAACAUUUAAAUCAAGU